UCUGGAUUGAAUUCAUUAUAUUAAAUCAUAAAACGUUUCUUACGUCAAUUUCCUUUCGUCGAGGAGCAUAGAUUGCCCAUCCACAUUCUUCAUCGAAUCCUUUCCACAUAAAACGUUUACUUAUAUAUAUGCUUAUUGCUUUAUUAUUAUUAGUAGUAAUUAUUAAUCAUGAAUAAUCAAUUAAAUACAACAAAUAAACAAACCACUUUACAAUUAUAUAGAAUAAUAAAACUUAAUAAUGAGCAUAGUAAUAAUAAUAAUAAUCAAAUAUUUACUUUUAUAAUACCACCACAAUUCAUUAAAGGAUUUUUACAUAGUGUCCAAUCUAAUGAAUUCUAUUAUGCUGGUCAUUAUUGGUAUAUACGUAUGGAAUAUGAUAUCAAUACAAAUAAUCAAUAUAAUACUACUAAUACCAAUACUACCAAUACUACUAUUAAUAGUAGUAAACAAUUUAUACAAUAUAAUAAACAACCAUUAGGUAUAUCAAUUCAUUUAUGUCAUUUAUCUAAUGGUUUAUUAUGUCAUUUAAAAUCAAUUAAAUUUACUAUACCCCAUCAAUAUAAUUAUACAUUAAAUUUAAUACAUCAAAUGAAUAAUUUAUAUUUUACAAAUAAAAAUUUAUCUUAUCAAUUAUCACCAUGGAUUCAAUCGAAUUUAUUAUUAACUAAUCAAUAUUAUUUAUUUGAUAAUGAUACAUGUUUAUUAGAAAUUGAAUUGAAUCAAUUAAUUACCAUUUAUGAAGAACAAUUACAUAUAUCGAAAAAUAUUAAAGAUAUAUUACAUUGUAAAUGUAUUGAAUCUACUACAUUUACAUAUUCUAAUAAUGAUUGGAGUUUUAUUAUUGAUUGGAAUCAUUUAUUCAAUAAUAAUAAUACUACUACUAAUACUACUAAUAAUACUACUAAUAAAGAUAUUAAAGUUAUUAAUGAUUAUAGACCGAAAUGUUAUUUACAAAAGCAUAAUACAUUAAAACAUUGGAUUAGAAUACAAUAUCUAAUUUCUAUUCAUUGGUAUAAUUUAGGUGAAUUUACUACAGAUAUAUUAGAUCAUUUAAUUAAUCCAGAUCAUAGUUCUAUAACUAAACCAUUAUUAAUUGGUGAUUUAAAUUGGUUUUUAAAUAAUACAAUUACUAAUAUGAUUAAAUUAAAACAUAAAAUUUCUAUUAAAAUUCAUUUCUAUUCAAUUACAUAUAUUAAUUUAAUACAAUUAAUACCAACAUUACCACAUAUGAAUCAAAAUUGUACACAAUUUAUUGAUCCAUAUGGUAUAGAAUGGUUUGUUAUAAGUGAUAUAUUAGGCAAAUUAGUACAUUUGAAAUUAUUUUAUUUAAAUCAUUCUAAUACUACUUAUAAUACUACUAUUAAUAAUAAUAAUAAACAAUUGAAUGAUAAUGAAUAUCAAUUACAAGUUCGAUCAACUGCAUGGUCAAUUCAAUUAAUUCCAUAUAAUAAAUCAUUAAAUAAUGUUAAAUCAAUGAGUCCAUUUUAUGUUAUAUAUACUUCAAUAAAUAAUAAUACAACAAAUCAAACAAUAAUGAAACAAAAUUCAAAUACAAAUUAUCAAGAAAUUGUUUUAAAUUUAGAUGUUGAAAAGGUAUGUAGUUCAAAUUUCGGAUAUUCACGUCCAAGUGAUAAUGCAAUUACAUUACAUAUUGAAUGGUUAUAUUCUCAUGUAUUAUGUAGAGGUGAUUAUCAAAAUUAUGAUGAAUUAAUCGCAAGACAACGUUAUCAUCUAUUAAGAGAUAUAAGUAACAAAGAUUUAGAGAAUGAACAUUUAAACAAACUUAAACAAGUUCAAGUUUCAACAUCAUCAUCUAAAGAAAAUGAUCAUCAUGAUCAUGAUCAUGAUAAUAAUAAUAAUAAUCAAGGGAAAUUAUCAGAAUCUAAUAUAAAUUCUGUGAAACAAUCGUCAUAUUUAAGAAAGUCCUCUGAAAUAUUACCAUCAUCAUCAUCAUCGUCAUCAUCUAAAUCAUAUUUUCAAGAUUCAUUUAAAAUUAAAAAAACUUCAACACAUAAAGGAUCUAUAUCACCAAAUCAUUCAAUAUCUAGUGGAAAUUCUUUAACAAAUUCAUUAAAUAUUAAACAUUUUUUAACACCAUCCGUAAUUAUUAAUAAUAAUAAUAUAAAUUUAGAUGAUGAUUCUUCAUCUACAAAUCAAUCUUGGCGUCGUCAUAGUUCUUGUUUAGAAGAGGUUGGAACAACUAAACCAAGACAACGUAGACAAUUACCAUCUCCUCCUCCUGUUCCAUUAGCAUCAUCAUCGUCAUCAUCAUUGAAAUUAACCGAAGUUAUAUUACCUGAAGAUGUGAAUACUAUUUCUUCAAUUGAUCGUUUUCAAACAACACGAACAAAUAAUAAUAAUAGUCCACGUUUAUCAUUAAAACAUGAACAUUCGAAUUUUGGUCAUUUUAUCUAAAAAAAAAAUUGUGUGUGUGUGUUUGUGCAAUUUUGCCGGUUUUUUUAUUCUUUGUGAAAAUGAAAAAAAAAUUGAUUUCUUCAAAGUGUUUUUGUGCAUAUGCGUGUGUGUGUGUGCUUGCGUGUAUAAGUUCGCGUGCAUAUGUGUGUCAUGGAAACCAAACAAACAAAAUUUCUUUAUUUUCAUGGCUUUUUCCUAUUUUUAAAUGAAAAGAAAAAAAGAUAAUAACCAUAUACUACUAUAAGGUAUUUGUAUAUUUUUAGAUAUGAAUUCGUUUGAUCAAUUGUCCCAUUAGUUUGUAUUGUACAUUGAACAGUCUUGUUUAAAUUGUUGAUGAUCACGUAACAAACAAAUAAACAAACAAAAACGUUUAAAGAAUAAAAUGAAUUUUGUUUUCAUGUGAGUAAAUGUGAUUUUGUUUUUUGUGGUUUUUGUUUAUCGCAUAAUAUACUACUAUUAUUACUACUUAUGUAAUCAUAAAUAGUAAGUAGUAAAUACUGAG